AUGAAUCCUUUCGUGGAACGCAGCGAUCUGGUCAAGGCGGCAAAAGCAGAAGAACAUGUGGACUUGAAUAGCACAAAUGUUACACAUACAAUUCUUUGGUGGAAUCAGCCGAUAUGGGUUGUACCAUUUGAAACAAAAUGUAGUAACUGUAUAACUUCAACGAACAGAAGCGUUUUCGAUAAAAGUUCUGCAGUAGUGUUUUCCCUAGCGGAUGGUAACAUAGGUACAAAACCACCAAUUGAAAACAUUAUUAGAAACCAAAAUCAAAUCUGGAUAGCCUUUUCAUUAGAGACAAAUGUGCAAAACGCAUGGAUCAGAGAUUACAAAAAUAAACAUUGGAAAUAUGUGUUCAAUUGGACAUGGAAUUAUAGACCUUCUGCAGAUAUAUUUAUGCCGUAUGGAAGGGUAUCAGAAAGAUUAAAGCCAUUGUCAAAAAACUACUCCAUGAUAUUUCAACGCAAAAACAAAUUUGCGGCAUGGGCCGUGAGUCAUUGCAAUACACACAGUUUAAGAGACAAAUUUGUGAAAAACAUGAAUAGGCGUUUGCAAAACCACAGUAUCGACAUAUUUGGAAAGUGUGGCCCCUUAAAGAUUUCAAAGGGUAAACUCCCUACUUUAUUAAGCAAUGAUUAUAAGUUUUAUUUAGCGUUUGAAAAUGCUUUUUGUGAUGACUAUGUUACGGAAAAGAUAUUUGCCCACUUUAACACUGACAUUAUUAAUGUGGUUCGCGGAAAAGCAAAUUAUACUAAUAUAUUUCCGAAAGGCUCGUUCAUCAACACCAGGGACUUUAAAAACACAAGCGAUUUUGUUAGUUAUUUGGUUGAUGUGUCGGAAAAUGAAACCCUCUAUUCGAACUACUUAAAACAGAAAGACAAAUUUCAAGCGAGUUUCGACAUCAAAGAGCAAUAUAAGCAGUCAAUAUGUAAUAUUUGCCGAAAAUUGAAUGAUCCAAAUCUUAAACGAAAUACAAUUUUUGACGCAGAAGAGGAACUUGGACAAUGCAUUAAACCAAAUGAUGUUUAG